UCCGUAGCCGUCACCAUAACGGGAAAAGUGCCCAUGAAAAUAUACGGGAUUGAUCCGCGUAAAUAAAAAUUCUGAGCAGUGUCCAUGAAAGCUUCCAAGUAGUGAGAACUUUUUGUUGAUCAGAGUGCAGUGUAAUCAAACUAUGACAGACAAAACAAGCAAAAAGCUAAUAAAUAAGGUUCAUGAUUGUGAACGGGAGUGCAAUGAAGGUCUUGUUGCUGUUAACCCGGGGCUCAGCCUUGUACAUGGGCAAACAGUUGUUGUACGCACAGAUGCCAGGGAGGUUGUGGAAGGCAAAAAGGUUGUUCUCCUUAGUGGUGGUGGCUCAGGACAUGAACCUGGACAUGCAGGGUAUGUUGGUAAAGGAUGUUUGACUGCUUGCGCCUGUGGUUCAGUCUUCACUUCACCCCCACCUGGUUGUAUUAUGGCAGCAGUUGAUGCAGUAUGUCAAAAAAAUAAAGACUGCCAAAUUUUGAUGAUUGUGACAAACUACACUGGCGACAGACUGAAUUUUGGCAUUGCUUGUGAGAGAGCCAGGGUCAAAGGUCACCAGACGGAGAUGGUGGUUGUGGGUGAAGACUGUGCCUUAGAUUGUGUUGACCAUUCUGCUGGGAGGCGUGGACUAGCAGGAACAAUGCUAAUCCAUAAGAUCGCAGGUGCUAUGGCAGAGCAAGGCAAAUCCCUGGAGGAUAUAGUCUCAACUCUUAAUACAGUCAAAUCCAAAAUGGGGACCAUUGGGCUGUCUCUCUCUCCCUGCUCUGUGCCUGGGUCAGGACCUUCAUUCACCUUACAGCCAGAUGAAAUGGAGCUAGGACUUGGAGUACAUGGUGAGGCAGGAGUUAAAAGAAUGAAGGUACAGACAGCAAAGGAAGCAGUUAAAACAAUGAUGGAUCACAUGACCAACACCAAGACCUCAACUCACAUAGCACUUCAUAGAGGUGACAGAGUUGCCCUUAUGGUAAACAAUCUAGGUGGGACUUCUGUGCUGGAACUCAACAUUGUUGCUAAGGAAGCUAUUUCUUAUUUAGAGGACUUAGGUGUGUCUGUAGACAGGGCCUACUGUGGAGCAUUCUUGACAUCACUGGAAAUGGCUGGGGUUUCCAUCACAGUCCUGCUUAUAGAUGACAGCAUCAUGGGAUAUCUAGAUUUCCCCACAGAUGCCCCAGCAUGGCGUCCUCCAUAUUUGGCGCCAGGUGAAAGAAUCCGGAAGACUCCAGCGUGUGUUCAGUUAGAGACAGAAGACAAGACACUCUCAGAAGAUGGGGCUGCCAAGUUGGAUGCAGAAACUUCAGCACUUGUCUAUAGUGCUCUUAAGGCUGCCUGUGAGAAGUUGGUGAGCAGAGAGAAAGAACUGAAUGACCUUGAUACACAGUCAGGUGAUGGUGACUGUGGAUCAACUUUAGCAUUGGGAGCAAAAGCUAUAUUAAAAAAACUUGGCGAGCCAUCUAGUCCUAACCUACCAGUGGACUGUCCAUAUACACUAGCACUGAGCUUAGGGCAGAUAACUGAGAGUGUCAUGGGAGGAUCAUCUGGUGCUCUGUACAGCCUGUUCUUCACCAGUGCUGCCCAAGACCUGAAAGCUCUGAGUUUUAAACAUGUCUGCAAUGCCUUUAGUUCAGGGCUAGCGGCCAUUAUGAAAUAUGGAGGAGCUAAGCCAGGAUAUCGCACCAUGGUGGAUCCCCUACAUGCUGUAUGCCAAUCUUUAAAGGCUGCUCACCCAGGCGUAUCCCUAACGGAGGCAAUAAAAAUAGCAGCUGAGGCAGCCAGAGAGGCCUCAGAGGGCACUGUGAGCAUGGAUGCCCAAGCUGGACGGGCCAGCUAUGUCAACAAAUCACUGCUGACCAAGCCAGAUCCAGGGGCAGUAGCUGUAGCAACAUGGAUGCUGGCUGUAGCUGGCACAUUGUGACCAGCACUUCUGCUACACUACGACCAGCACUUCCCCCACACUUUGACCAACACU